AUGGCAAACUUGGGGUAUUUGAUAACAGUUUGUGUGUUGUUUAUUCUGUCGGUUUCCGCGAACGCACAGUGCGCCCAAGCAACCAAUUGUUUGAGCCACCUCGGAAUCAACAUAUCUGCCAUUACCCCUAGCGGUGGGGUCUCUGGUGACCUAACUGUGAUAUGUAGAAAUACUAGCCAGGUGGUGCAUUGUUACGAUAUACUAACCGCAUGCCCCGAUCUCGCUUCGUUCAGCAAUCUGUUACCAGGGAAGAACCAAAUGCGGAAGGCAAUAACAACGGUUUGUCAAAACGAAAAUGUGUUGGAAGGCGGGUUUGCUUGUCUCGGACGAAACCCCACUUUUCCUUCAGAGAUCAGUGGUUGCGCUACCCAGGUGAGGAGAAAAGCUUCGUCCUUGACUCCGUCACAAAUUAACAACCUUCAAGGAACAUUCUGCAGUUUGAUGGACUCUCUACUGACCUGUGUCACUUCCAUGUCAUCUGUGCAAAGUUGUGGAAGCGACUUCAAAUCAACUUUAGUGACCUUUGAGCAUGAAUUGCUUCCAGCGACAUGCCCAGCGAACUCAGGAUGCUCCAAAAUGGACUCCUUGCUAUAUUUCACUCUCCUUGGUGCUGUGAUUCCAUCGAUUUAUAAAAGACUGUAA